AUGGUCCACCACAGAGAGGAGGAUCUGAUCGGAAUCCCCUUCCCGAAUCACAGCAGCGACGUCCUCUGCAGCCUCAACGAGCAGCGUCGCGACGGGCUGCUCUGCGAUGUCAUCCUCAUCGUCCGCGACCAGGAGUACCGCACCCACCGCUCCGUCCUGGCCGCCUGCAGUCAGUACUUCAAGAAGCUCUUCACAGUGGCCACUACUGAUGGCGGAGAUCCCAAUCACGCCGCGGCUGUGUAUGAAAUUGACUUUGUGGCUCCAGAGUCGCUCACAGCCAUCCUGGAGUUCGCCUACACGUCCACGCUGACAGUGACGGCGUCAAACGUCAAAGAGAUUCUCAACGCAGCUCAGAUGCUGGAGAUACCCUGCAUCAUCAACGUUUGCCUGGAGAUCAUGGACAGCGGUGGCGGAGGGGGCGGCGGCGGGGGUGGGAGAGAGGUGGAAGGGGAGGAAGAUGAAGAGGAGGAGGAAGAAGAGGAGGAAGAGGAAGAAGAAGAGGAGGACGAAGAGGAGGACGCAGGGUCGAGAAAGGAUGAGCACGAGGAAGAAGAGGACAAUGUCAGCGAGAGGUCGCUCCAGUCUUCCAUGAGCAGGGGGGAGCGGACGCCCCCGGGGAUGGAGGAUUCGCCACCUCCGAGCACCUCUAAGUACCACCAGCAGUUCGGGCUGCACAGGGAGACGCCCCAGUCGCAGUCUCCAGAAACCACGAGAAAGCAGGAGAGCAUUGAGACUCGAGCUCUGAAAGAUUUCUCCAUCGAGUCUCUCCUCCAGGAAGGGCUCUACCCUCGCAUGCCAGCACUGGACAGGAGGUCCAACUUUUCUCCUCUCCUCCCAGGCUUCUACCCCCCGAUGUGGGCCGCCGAGUUCCCAGCUUUCCCCCAGCAGCUCCUAGAGCCAGCUCACCACCCUCACGCGGGGUCUUCACCGCAAACCAGGCUCCCCCACAGCUUCCCUGCCUCCACACCACUCGAAGCCUCCAGACCCCUCGAUCUGGCUGUAAAAAGAGAGAUCAUAAAGGAGGAGAUGAAAGAUGAAGUCCCUCCCAGUAUGCUCCAAGGCGAACUGCUGAAGGAGUUUGUCAGCUCGAGCCUGGACGGCACUAUGAACGCAGGGUCAGUGCCAGCAGAGAGUCAUCCGCUGGGUCCCAUUAAAGAUGAGGCAGACUUUCGGUCGUACCUGAGUUUUCUGAGCUCCGCGUCCCACCUGGGUGCGCUGUUCCCCCCCUGGCAGCUGGAGGAGGAGAGGAAGAUGAAGCCCAAAGCGUCACAGCAAUGUCCCAUAUGCAACAAGGUCAUACAAGGAGCUGGGAAACUACCACGGCACAUGAGGACACACACAGGGGAGAAACCAUACAUGUGCACAAUCUGUGAAGUACGAUUCACCAGACAAGACAAGCUGAAGAUCCACAUGCGGAAGCACACAGGUGAACGCCCCUACAUCUGCCUUCACUGCAACUCCAAGUUUGUCCACAACUAUGACCUGAAAAAUCACCUGCGCAUCCACACGGGCGUCCGUCCGUAUCAGUGCGAACACUGCUACAAAAGUUUCACGCGGUCUGACCACCUGCAUCGGCACAUCAAGCGGCAGAGCUGCCGAAUCUCACGCCCCCGCCGGGGACGGAAGCCAGCUGCUUGGCGUUCAGCGCCCCCCGGCAACUUCCUGUGUCCCCCUACUGCUGCGACCAACCGGUUCGAGGAGACCAGGUUGAGCCCCGCGUACCAGGGGGUCAAGAGUCACGCACUUGGGGAGCUGCUGGGCCUCGGGAACAGAGGUCAGGGGUUUAAGAGCGCGGACGCUGCCGGCAGGGAGAGCAGGGAGGAGCUGCGGGCAGAAGGGAAGCACAUCGCGGAGGAGGAGAAGCCGGGAGCUGGGAGGCAGAGGGGAGUGUUUGCUUUUGCUCUAGCUGGAGAAGAAGUGCUUACCCAAUCUCCAUAUUAUGCUGCGACCUCUAACCCCUGGGCCAUGAGGCUGGAGCGGGCUCCACCCAUCCCUGAGCCGGCCAAAUGAACACUGGUCUGCAGAAGACAAAAGGAAAAAAAAGACAAAGAAAAUGUCUUUAAUCUCUGCAUCUCAUCUGCUCCAGAAAGCUAAAGCACCUUUUACAGAGAGAGAGAGACAGCAAGAGAGAGUGACGCGUCAAUGAAUAGCUCGAAGCCUGCUGAUAACAGAUAACAGAUAAUUCAAUCAAAAAGCAGACUUUUGUCACCUCAGCACGAAACAGUAGGUCAACACAGGUCUUACUAUUCACAUUAAUGAAGCUUCUCUUCUUCUAAAUGAAUGUGAUUAGCAGCACCCGUGAGUACCUGCAGCACGAUGUCGUGGCCGACGGCGACAAAAAGGUCUAUUUCUUCAUCCCCGUGAAUGUUUACAUAUUCCUUCAAAAGAAGCAAAACAGUCUGUUUAUGAGGAAUGCCGUUUUCGUACAUGUAUAUUUUUUUGCAUUAUUUAUUCAAAACGCUGUAAAAAAAUUAAAAAAAUAAUUCUGAUAAGAUUCCUCUUUUUAAAAUGCAGAAUGUAAACACAUGAUCACAAAUGUACAAAAAGGGGGAAUUCAUUGUUGAAAAUGGCAUUAAGCAGAUAGAAUUAACAUAAAAGAAAAUUGAAAUAUAGCUUAAUAAAUCAAUAAAUAACCCUUCACUGAGACAAUUUUACGUUUUUAUUUUAAGUCGUUGGGUUUACGUGUUGAAAAAGGGCAGCGCUUUCAAAAUAAAAGCAUCUAUGGUGCUUGGAUGCUUUAGUUGUCAUCUUAUAGUUUUCUAAAAAUAAAGGGAGACCACUUGAAGACUUAAUCAGGAGACACGAUGAUGCGUUACUAUCCCUCCACUGCCUUCAUUCUCAUUUAAGCUCUUUUGUCUGCACUAUUGUACAUAUGGACCCAAACUUUUUGGCCAUGCUGGUGUUAAUUACGGUUCUGUUGCUGAUGUUGUAAAAAUAAAGGAGUAAAUAAAGAAAGAAAAGAAAAAGAAAAGCUCUUAAAAGACUAUGAGAAAUCCAUCCAAAGAUGUGUGCUUUGAUAUUUCAGACUUGAAUAAGAUUUUGUUUUAAUGUUUAUGACCACGUGUCUUCAGAGGAUGUAUAUUUCUGACUAAUCAAUUUCCGCUCUAGCUACACGGUAUGCUUGUGUUUUGUUUUUUGGGUUUUGUUUUUUUUUUGGUUUGUUUGGGGGGGGUUUCUGCUGCAAGAAAUCAAUAAUUUUUUUUCAUCUAACGUUCAUCUCUGAUUUGUGUAUAAAGAAGUAACAAAAAAAUAUUUGAAUUGAAAUGGGAAAGUAUUUUCUUGCUAUUUAUGGCGUAUUUAAAUGAAUGAGCCUUGGCUAUAUUUUGCAAAUCUGUUUUAUAAAGACACUAAAUGCAAAAAAAA